AAAAUACCAUCAAAGGGAGUUGAAAUAAAUACUAGCCUUCGCCAUUUGCGCCACAUCUUCCGCUUUCUACCUCUUUGUACGAUUUCUGUGGAGAAACGGACUUCUUCUAAGUGCAGCACUAUGUUGAAUAAUAUGGAUUUGAACGCAAAAGAUUCAUUCUACCCUCAGUUUGACAAUAGUUCUUCCUUGGGGAUGGAGAGCAGCGCGCGCAAAGAUAAGCAGGAGGUGUUCGUCGACGCAGAGCGAGGGGUACCUGCCCAGUUUGGCCACGAAGGAGCCCCAGCCACUCUUAAAACUGAAGCUUCCAACUCAGAGUUUGCCUUCAACCCGUGCGAGUGCCCCAAAGAGAGCUACCCCCCCUCCUCGCUCGCCUACUCUGGUAGUUUCUAUGUGGAGGCAUCUCAGGGGGCGCCGUGCAGCACCGAGACCUUGCUCAACAUGAUCACAGAGAUCGUGGGCAUCUCCACCAUGCCCCUGACAGACAUGCAGCAAACCACCGGCAGCUCCGUGGAAACCAGCAGCGCCACAUUUGGGGAUCUGAGCGCCAAGAGACACAUUUUCACCUGUUCUCCCUCCACGUACACGCAAGAGCAGACGUGCCCCAGUUAUACAGAAGAAAAGAAGUCAGAGCCAAAGUCCGAGGCCGCGUCCUUCCCCGUGGUGGUGAAAAACGAGUUCGAGAGCAGCUGUUAUGAAUGGGGCGCGUUCAGCAGUAAAUCCGACUGUCUCGAGAGCACAUUCCAGACCGAAACCUUCCCCAUGUCCAGUGACUUCCCGCCCGAGCAGCACGUAGACGUCAAGGAACUUUUGGACACGUUCCCCUCCAUGUGCCCGAACCCGGACAUGGAGUUCAAAGUGGAGGGAGGAAUUAAGCAGGAGCCGUGUUUCAAUGACACUUGCUCCAGCUACUCGAGCCCGCUGUACAACAGCUACCUGCCGCCUAUGGGCCUGUCCUCCAGCCAACCCCCAUCAGAACCCCUUUACUCACCGCCAACGCUGCCCUCUACCAUUGACUCUAUUCUAUACUCUUCCCUGUUGCCAGAUUCUUUUGCCCAAAGUUACAACUCACGCACUACCAAGACCCCGCGCGCGAGAAAGGCCCCCUCCACAUCCCACGGCCCUGCCAAAGAGAAACCCUUCACGUGCCCGAUGGAGAGUUGUGACCGGCGCUUUUCGCGCUCGGACGAGCUUAACCGCCAUAUCCGCAUCCACACGGGACACAAGCCAUUCCAGUGCCGCAUCUGCCUGCGCAGCUUCAGCCGAAGUGACCACCUCACAACCCACACCAGGACUCACACCGGGGAGAAGCCUUUCUCCUGCGACGUCUGCGGCAAACGCUUUGCGCGCAGUGACGAGAGGAAACGGCACGGACGCGUCCACCUCAAACAAAAAGAAAAAAUGGAAAUAAAGCCACAGGUUUCGACUGGUGCGUGGCCCUUCGCUCUUCCCGAAGGCAUAUGAGCGCCUCGCUUCAAACGCACUUGACGAGCAUCUUUCCGUCUUGGAAGAUACGGCCGCUGACUGUAGGUUGGACGGGCCUGAAGUCGCUCACUGACCCUGGGGUUAAAGCAGCGGAGCGGGCCUGUGCUAUAGGAGCGGGAAAGUGACCGGCAAAGCUGCUGUGAGCGUCCGCGAGGCAGAGCUCUUUGC